AUGUCGUUUGUCUUCACGGCCAAUACGACGAUGAGCUGCCUGGAGACGUCGAAGUCCUUCAUGCGCUUCUGCAAGGAGACCGAGGACGUGGAAAAGCAGAAAGCCCUGCCAUUUCCGUCGUCGCAUUACAAGGCUCUGAAGAUCUUGUCCUCCUACGGCACGAUCACGUCGAUGCGCAUGGUUUUCAAUCCGCUCAUCAACACGCUGGCCUGCCCAAUGUUGGCAGGUUUCUUCUUGGGUACCCGGGGGUUGCUGUUCCUGCUAUCAGGCUCAAAUGUCCUGAUCCUUUGCUUCAGCACCUUCCUGAUGAAUGCCGGUCAGUCAUGGUUUUCUGCGCGCAGGUUCAUCCUCUAUGGGCUUCUGAAAGACUCGGAGGGGAAAUCCAUAGGUCCAGAUUCGCAGCAAUUUCAAUACCUGGCGGUUGGAGAGAUGAUCGGCGGUCCUUUUGAGGAUACCAGCGGCCCUGCUCUGAACAACUUCAUCAAGCUUGUUGGGGUUUUCGCACUGGUUACCAGCGACCUCUAUGCACCCACACCUGAGGAAACCUGGACCUACGGUAUCGUGGUUCUCGUCGCCUCGGUGGCCUCGGUCUUUGUGGCACGCUGGGGUCUUUCCAUGGUCUUGAGCUGCAUUACCGGCUUCCUCCGGCAACGUCAGAUCCACCGCGAAAGGCUUGAGCAG